AUGAUCUACCUGGUGGAUAAAUACGGCAAGGAUGACAAACUCUAUCCGAAGGAUCCUCAGAUGCAAGCCGUGGUCAAUCAGCGUCUGUACUUUGACAUGGGAACCCUAUAUCAACGAUUUGGCGACUACUACUAUCCACAGAUCUUCGAAGGUGCUUCGGCCAAUCCGGAGAACUACAAAAAAAUCGGUGAAGCUUUGGGAUUUCUGGAUACAUUUUUGCAAGGUCAACAAUUCUUAGCUGGAGGAGAUAGCUUAACGCUGGCAGAUUUGAGUAUUAACCCUCAGCACACCAUCCCGACCUUGGUCGAUGGGGAUUUCGCCCUGUGGGAAUCUCGUGCCAUCUGUAGCUAUCUGGUCGAGAAAUACGGCAAGGACGACAAACUGUACCCCAAGGAUGCCCAGAAGCGUGCCCUCGUCAACCAGCGGCUGUACUUCGAUAUGGGCGUAUUCUACCAGCGCUUCGGAGACUACUGGUACCCGCAGAUCUUCGCCAAGCAGCCUGCCAAUCCGGAGAACCUGAAGAAGAUGGAGGAAGCCGUCGGCUUCCUGAACACCUUCCUGGAGGGCCACCAGUACGCUGCCGGCAAUGAGCUGACCAUUGCCGAUCUGAGCCUGGCUGCUUCCGCCGCUACCUACGAGGUCGCCGGAUUCGACUUCUCCAAGUACCCCAAUGUGCAUGCUUGGCUCGAACGGUGCAAGAAGAACGCCCCCGGCUACGACCUGAACCAGGCUGGCGCAGAUGAAUUCAAAGACAAGUUCCUUUCCGGAUUGUAA